AAGCUCAUUUCUUUAUUAUUGAAUUUAUUUUCGUAAACUAUCGAAUGGAAUUAAUAUCGAUAGUCUGCCAGCUCUAGCGAACAAUAAACAGAUGCGCGAAUCGUGGCGCGACUGAUGAUGAUGACGCUGACAAACCGCCCACAACAAGACGAGCAGACAGUAAGAGAGGAAGACAGACAGAGAGAGAGUGGGAGAGAGAGAGCUGGCAGAGAGUGGAGCACCUUUGCAUGUUAUAGGUAAUUUUCAACAAAAUUGCCCAUAUGGAGCAAGCGCUCAUACAACAAAGGAUCACUGCCUAGAACGGAACACGCACAGGAAGUGUUUAUAGGCGGUGGCCAAGCCCUUUCCCCCCAUCACUCACCACCCAACUAUUUCAACAAAGCUCCGUUAACAACGCGUAACCAAAACAAAGCAAAAUCAAAGAGAGAGAGAGAGUAGGUUGGCAGCACCCGCUCAAUGUAGUUAUCGAUUUGCGGCGAAUUGUUGAGGUUGCGGUGCUGCAAAAACAGAUGGUGAAAUAAUCAACGGGGCGCAGAAAAUAAAUAAAUACAAAUAAUACAAACUUCAGUAGAAAUUAUUUAAUUAAACAAAUGUCCGGAUACAUUGAGGAGCCAGACAGGAUGUUGCCACGCAUAGCAUUGAUAGCGUGUGGGUGCUUCAGCCCCCCAACGCCGAUGCAUCUGCGAAUGUUCGAAAUAGCCCGAGAUUACUUUGAAAUGCGUUCAACGCAUAAGGUUGUUGGCGGCAUCAUCUCACCCACGCAUGAUUCCUAUGGCAAGAAGGGACUGGCACCUUCAUUGGAUCGCUGUGCGAUGAUCAAACUGGCGGUGCAAUCCUCCAGCUGGAUUCGCCUGUCCGACUGGGAAGUCCAUCAGCCGCAGUGGAUGCGUACACAAUCCGUGCUGCAGUAUCAUCAGAACUACCUGAACAACUUUAUCAACUCGCCGGGCGAUGAGGAACACAAUGGAGUACUACCUGGUUGGUUGCCACUUGGAUUACGCGACCGCAAGGAUCCCAUACGCCUAAAACUGCUCUGUGGAGCUGACUUACUCGAAUCUUUUGCAGUACCCGGUCUGUGGGCCAAUGAGGAUAUUGAGGAAAUUGUGGCCAACUACGGACUUGUGGUCAUUUCACGUUGUGGCUCCAGUCCGGAAAAGUUUAUAUUCGAAUCAGACAUUCUAACCAAAUACCAGCGUAAUAUAACGUUAAUUACCAACUGGGUUCCCAAUGAGGUCAGCUCUUCUCUGGUGCGUCGACUUCUGGGACGCGGUGAAUCUGUCAAGUAUUUGCUGGAUGAUUUGGUGCUUAAUUAUGUUAUACGACAGGGCUUGUACAAUGUGAAAUCUAAGUAUAUAACGGAUGCAGUGCGUCCAAAUCAUUUGAAUUUCAAUCGCACAUACAUGGACAGCAAUAAGAAUACCGUUCAACUGAACAAUGAGCGAACGGAGCAGGAUAUGGAUGAAUCGGACAGUCCACUCAGACAGCAGCCGCGUGUCUUUUGCUGUGGCGAGACGCCGCGUGGCGCCACCAAGUUGCCAUUGAAUCGCCCAGGACCCGGCCAAGCAGUGCAGGUUAUCACAGUGCAGGGCAGGGGCAACAUGACCAGCGAUGCCUACGAGGAGUCCCAGGCCAAGAAGCAAAAGAUAGCACAAGUGCAGCAGCUCUAAAAUGUUGAAACUAAAUUCUCGAAAGAAUGACACAGGAUGAAUCCUAAUAAGAGAUUUGAUUUUCUUCUUAUUGUAGAUAUCAAAUUGUAUAAACUAAUCUAUAAAAUACAAGCUAACAUAUAGGCAGCUUCGCUAGCGAUAAAGUACGAUGUAAAAUGUUUAAUGUUGUUAAAUAUGUUACUGAAGUUUUUAUUAUAUUAGAGCAGAAAACUA